AAGAGCACAAGGUGCUGCUCUAGCCCACACCCAACCUCUUUCUCUCUUCGGAAAGGCGGGGUCUGAUUGGCUGGUCGUCCAGUCUGUUUGAGUAAGUGAGAGGCCAGGAAGGGCGGCGCACGGAGCCCCCGGGAGGCAAGAGCUGCGGCCACAAGCUAGCGGAGGCUGCUAGAGGCGCGGGGAGCAAGAUCCCCGAGGUGGCCGCCGCUGUCCCUUGGCGGCCGGCGGCCCCCUCCGGGAUGGAAGGCAGGGAGGCGGCGGCUGGCGGCUGCUCCCCGAGCUGGCUCUGAGCAGGCGCUCGCUCGUCUGCGCUCCAACAGCCUGGGAUGGCAGCCCGAAAGAACCACCACCCGGUCCGGGAGAGGUACCAGCUUCCUCCUGCAGCAGGGAACCAUAAAGUUCAACCCUGGACAGCAGUUACAAAUCAAGCCUUAGAUGUCGCAUGGAGAACAGUAAAAGGACCAGUGAUAUUGGGAAUAUCAUUUCUUGCUGCCACCCUCUGCUACUUCAGAAGCCUAUAUUUAUAUUUAGGACAUCGGUUAAAAUGGUGGAGUGGAUACCUGCAGAGAAAAUUCAAAAAAAACCUCAGUGUGGAGGCAGAAGUUGAUCUCCUCGGUUAUUGUGCAAGAGAAUGGAAAGGAGAAACAAGCCGAGCCAAGCUGAUGAGGAAGGCUUAUGAGGAACUCUUUUGGCGUCAUCAUGUGAAAUGUAUUCGGCAAGUCAAAGGAGAUAAUUAUGAUGCAUUAAGAUCAGUUCUAUUUCAGAUACUCAGCCAGGGCCUCUCUCUUCCAUCCUGGAUGAAAGAAAAAGACAUUGUAAAGCUUCCUGAAAAGCUGCUCUUUUCACAAGGUUGUAAUUGGAUUCAACAAUACAGCUUUGGCCCCGAGAAAUAUACAGGCCCAAAUGUGUUUGGGAAAUUACGUAAAUGUGUUGAAUUAUUAAAGACUCAGUGGACAGAGUUUAGUGCUAUUAAGGACCAGCACAAGAGAGGGAGCAUGUGUAACAGCCUUUUUUCUGAUGAGAGCCUGGAGUACAAGCUGUAUGAAGCUUUAAAAUUCAUCAUGUUAUAUCAAGUCAUCGAAGUGUACGAACAAGUGAAGAGUGAAAAGGCCAUUCCCGGUCUUUAUCGCCUCCUCUUUUCCCGGGAAACGUCCUCGGAUCCUUUAAGUUUCAUGAUGAAUCACCUGAAUUUUAUAGGUGAUACAUGUGGAUUACAACAGAUUGACAUGUUGAUUCUUGGACACUCUCUUGAAGUCAGGAUAAAAGUGUUUAGACUGUCUAAGUUUAAUACCAGAGACUUUCAAGUCUACUAUCCAGAGGAACGCCACAGAGAAUGGCCCGAGAUCUGCCUUCUGACUGAAAAUGACCGCCACUACCAUAUUCCUGUCUUUCAAGUGUGAGAUGGAAUUGGUACUAUUGCCUACAAUAGCAAUGAACAUGAUUAUAAUAAAGUAUUGCAUGAAAACCAAA